UGAUUUAAAACCUAAACCCAUUUUGUUUGAGAAACUAUGGAAAAAGCUUAAAAAUCAAAUUACUUGUGUAUUAACUGCUAAAGUCUGUUAUCCGCCAAUAAGUAAAAUGGAAAUGUGUGAGGAUGUCUACAGGGCUUGUGUGUCUUGUCCCUCUCAUUCCGCCGAGUUAUACUCUUGUGUUCAGCAAUACUUAAUCACUCACCUUUACGACAUAAGUGAGGAAAUUGUAAAAGGGAACUUGCUGAAAAGCUAUUACCAGAAGUGGAAGGUUUACCAAAGAGGUGCUUACUGUUUGGACCACGCCUUUUAUUAUUUUAAUAUGAAUUGCGUCAAAAAUUUGCCCAAGCCUACCUUUUACACUAUAAGUCAGCUUUGUUUAGAAAAGUGGAGAAUUCACAUAUUUGACUUAUAUAAAGCACAGCUGGUUUGCUUGAUUUUGGCGGAAAUAGAAAGUGACAGAAACGGCAACUUCGUUGAUCCCUCGCCGGUGAAGGGGGCCAUCGACUCUUUUGUCUAUCUGAAUCCUCCCCUUUCGGCUCCCCUCCUCCUGUACCAACAGGCCUUUGAAGCCCCUUUCCUAGAGGUUACUUCGCAGUAUUACAGCAAGGAGGCUGCCUUAUUCGCGUCUGAAAGGGAUUUCACUGCCUAUAUGAUAAAAGCCUUAAAAAGGAUCGAGGAGGAAGAAGCACGCGUUCGAAAGUUUGUUGAUCUAAGCAGUUAUUCUAAAGUACUUGAAGAAUGCGAAAGGCAGUGGAUCACCAAUCAGCUCGCUUCUUUUGAAGUUGAAAUAAAAAACUAUCUGAGGAAAGGAGACGACGAAGGCACCUUUUAUUUCUGA